CGAAAAUACACAUACACACGAGCAUGCCCGCGAGGCGGGGCCGCAGGGGGUGCGGGCUGCGUGGCCCACGCCGCCUGUCCGCUCGGGCCCCUGGGUGCGAGACCGGGUCCCUGCGUGUCGCCGACACACGCGCACACACCGACACCAGCCCCGCUUCGACGUGCGUGUCAUGGCUUAAAAAUAGAUGCUAAUCCGUCAACCGGUCUGCCAAGCCAGACCGAGGCGGCGGCGGAGUCAUGGCCGUGGGGCUGCCUGCGCCUGCGAUCCGCCUCCGGGACUGAGACCCGCGCCGCCUCCCGAGCAUCACACAGGCAGCAGCAUUCUGUUCCCAGAAAAGGUUGUUUGGGAGCCAAGUGGUGAGGUCUUUAGGCCUGCGGAGCGAAAGUAGAUGAUGAUAAUGGUGAUGCUGAUGAUGAAGAUGUCGAUCCUGAUGCUGCCACCUGGACACCCGCCCCGCCUCACCUCGCGCACCCCGGGGGCUGCCAGGCCUCCUGCCGCCUCUAAGAUGUGUCCCGGCAACUGGCUCUGGGCUUCGGUGACAUUCAUGGCCCGCUUCUCCCGGAGCGGCUCGAGGUCUCCAGUCCGCGUGAGAGGCGCCCUGGAGGAGCCGCCCGCCGUCCAGCACCCCUUCCUCAACGUCUUCGAGUUGGAGAGGCUGCUCUACACCGGCAAGACCGCCUGUAACCACGCCGACGAGGUCUGGCCAGGCCUCUACCUCGGAGACCAGGAAAUAGCCAACAACCACCGGGAGCUGCGUCGCCUAGGCAUCACGCACGUCCUCAACGCCUCUCACAGCCGGUGGCGAGGGACGCCCGAAGCCUACGAGGGGCUGGGCAUCCGCUACCUGGGUGUCGAGGCCCAUGACUCACCGGCCUUCGACAUGAGUGUCCACUUCCAGGCGGCCGCUGACUUCAUCCACCGGGCGCUGAGCCAGCCAGGAGGGAGGAUCCUGGUGCAUUGCGCCGUGGGAGUGAGCCGCUCGGCCACCCUGGUGCUGGCCUACCUCAUGCUGUACCACCGCCUCACCCUCGUGGAGGCCAUCAAGAAAGUCAAGGACCACCGAGGCAUCAUCCCCAACCGGGGCUUCCUGAGGCAGCUCCUGGCCUUGGACCGCAGGCUGCGGCAGGGGCUGGAGGCGUGAGGGGUGGGGGAGGGAGGUCAGGCCGGGCCUGUGGGUCCCUGGAUCCCAGCUGGACAGCAGAGGCCCAGGGGGCAGGUGGGGGGGAACUGAGUGAAUCCAUUCUCUCCUUAGAGGGCUGGGACAUGACCCCAGACCACAGCUGCUAUCUAUUGCAAGGGGAUGGGGAGGGGUGAGCUGGGCAGGAUGACAGUCACCUAGCAGGGAGCAGGCCAGGGAGGGAGGCAGCUAGGGUCCUGGAUUCCAGGCAGGGUAGUCCCAGAGAUUCAAGGCCCCUUCCCCUCUUUGUGCUCAAGUGUUCCCCUCCCUCUCUGAUAUGGACCCGCUCUGCCCUGUGCCCCUGCGGGGACAGCAGGGAGGCGGCAGGCACGGCUGUGAUGAUGUCGAGUUGUGUAGGGCCAGGAGCAGAGAGACAGACGGUGAUGAGAUGGUGAGAAAAGCUAAGAGAGAAGCCUACAGACUUGUUACUCCAAACACGGCAGGAAGAGGUGUGGGAGGCUUGGCGCCAUGCCCGUGGGUGCUGGUCGUGGCCCAAAAACGGCAGAGGUGCAUGACUGCGAGUCUGUCACUGAUCACUCGCUUACUGGAUCCAAGUGUCUCCAGGAAAAAUAAAAACGGUGAAAACGA